CUGACUUCCAACAUGCCCUCACUUGCAAACCCUAGCAUCCAUCCAUCUCUCCUCCGCUAAAACCCCCCGUCGUUUCUGGUCCUUCCUUUCUUUCCUGCCUGCCUUGCGUUCGUUCCUUCCGCUACCUCGCACAUUCUCCUUAGUCUCCCGUUCUUGUCGUAAUGGCUCUCCCCAACGCGUCCGACGAUCUGGUGUGGGUGCUGCUCAACCAGGGCCACUCCUUCAAGGCGCGCACGGCCGUCGGCUCGAAGCGCCACCUCAGCCGCGAGCCCAACAACCUCGUCGCCCUCCACUCGCGCAAGUACACAGGCCUGGCGGCGGGCAAGACGGUGUCGAUCCGCGCGACGGGCAAGGGGCAGAACCUGGAGAUGACCAUCACGCACCCCGACAAGGCGCACAAGCCCGCGGAGGCCCGCGAGGUGAUCGCGCUCAAGAAGGACAUGCCGCAGAUCGCCCAGAGGAUCACCGACAGGCUGAGUGUGUAUGAGCCGCGCCUGAACAAGGCGGCGCUGGCGUACGCGUACAACAUGCACAAGGCGCUGCGCCGCAGCGAGCGGGGGCAGGUCGGCACUGGCUCCAAGAACAUCGCUGUGCGCUAAGCGGUGAUGGCCAAACAGCCGGUGUGACCGACCACAGUAGAUUUAUUGGUGCCCAAGUGUAACGCUGUGAUGUGUCUCUGAAGUGUGUUUUGCCAUUUUCGGCACCCUUUGUGUUGACCAGCGGCGUGCGGUACUAGCAAUGUGUCCCAUGGUAGAAGGAUGGGAAAAUGCAUGGACAGAUUCAAGGGCAGGACAGCUGGCAAGAAGAUGUAUCAAUUUGCCAGCGUUCCUACCAGGGCCUUAUAUUGGUUUUGAGGCUUCCUGAUCCAUCAGGAUUCUCCCUUCAAAAAAUUCUGAAUUUUCAGGGUCCCCCCAAAAAAAAGCCUGAGCCAUCAGAAUUCCUG